AUGACCCACAGCCCUGCCACAAGCGAGGACGAGGAACGUCACAGUGUCAGCGAGUGUCCCGAGGGGGGCUCAGAGUCCGACAGCUCCCCAGACGGGCCAGGUCGAGGCCCCCAGGGGACCCGGGGCCGGGGCAGUGGGGUACCUGGUAGCCUGGCCUCUGUUCGAGGCCUCCAGGGCCGCUCCAUGUCUGUCCCCGACGACGCCCACUUCAGCAUGAUGGUCUUCAGGAUUGGCAUCCCGGACCUGCACCAGACAAAAUGCCUGCGAUUCAACCCUGAUGCCACCAUAUGGACAGCUAAGCAACAGGUGCUCUGCGCCCUGAGCGAGAGUCUGCAGGAUGUGCUCAACUAUGGCCUGUUCCAGCCGGCCACCUCAGGCCGCGAUGCCAACUUCCUGGAGGAGGAGAGGCUACUGAGGGAGUACCCCCAGUCUUUCGAGAAGGGGGUGCCCUACCUGGAGUUCCGAUACAAGACCAGAGUUUACAAACAGACCAACCUGGAUGAGAAGCAGCUGGCAAAAUUACACACGAAGACGGGCUUGAAGAAGUUUCUGGAGUAUGUGCAGCUUGGGACAUCUGACAAGGUGGCGCGGCUGCUGGACAAGGGGCUGGACCCCAAUUACCAUGACUCGGAUUCAGGAGAGACCCCCUUGACCCUGGCGGCCCAGACUGAAGGCUCCGUGGAGGUGAUUCGAACCCUGUGCCUGGGUGGAGCCCAUAUCGACUUCCGGGCACGGGAUGGCAUGACAGCACUGCACAAGGCUGCGUGUGCCCGGCACUGCCUGGCUCUCACGGCACUCCUGGACCUUGGGGGGUCCCCCAACUACAAGGACCGCCGUGGGCUGACCCCUCUGUUCCACACGGCUAUGGUGGGAGGUGACCCGCGUUGCUGUGAGCUGCUUCUGUACAACAGAGCCCAGCUGGGCAUAGCCGAUGAGAAUGGCUGGCAAGAAAUCCACCAGGCCUGCCAACGGGGCCACUCCCAGCACCUGGAACAUCUGCUUUUCUACGGGGCUGAGCCUGGAGCCCAGAAUGCCUCGGGGAACACGGCCCUGCACAUCUGUGCACUCUACAACAAGGAGACGUGCGCCAGGAUCCUUCUCUAUCGGGGGGCCAACAAGGAUGUGAAGAAUAAUAACGGACAGACGCCCUUCCAGGUCUGGGGCUAGGGUGGCUGUGAUGCUGGGAACUUUGAGCUGGGGGAAUUGAUCCGUAACCAUCGGGAACAGGAUGUGGUGCCCUUCCAAGAGUCUCCCAAGUAUGCAGCCCGGAAACGGGGCCCCCCUGGAGCAGGGCUGACGGUGCCCCCGGCAUUGCUACGAGCCAACAGUGACACCAGCAUGGCACUGCCCGACUGGAUGGUGUUCUCAGCGCCGGGCACCUCAUCAUCCGGGGCCCCUGGCCCAACCUCAGGGCCCCAAAACCAGUCACAGCCCCCAGCCCCCAGCACAAAGCUCAGCAGCGGGACCCUCCGCAGUGCCAGCAGCCCCCGUGGUGCCCGGGCUCGCUCCCCAUCUCGAGGGAGGCACCCCGAGGAGGCCAAAAGACAGCCCCGAGGACGGCCCAGCUCCAGUGGGACACCCCGGGAAGGGCCGGCCGGGGGCACAGGGGGCUCGGGGGGCCCUGGGGGCUCCUUGGGCAGCCGAGGGAGACGGAGGAAGCUGUACUCAGCGGUACCUGGACGUUCCUUCAUGGCUGUGAAGUCGUACCAGGCCCAAGGCGAGGGGGAGAUCUCCCUGAGCAAGGGGGAGAAGAUCAAAGUACUCAGCAUCGGAGAGGGCGGCUUCUGGGAAGGCCAGGUCAAAGGUCGAGUCGGCUGGUUCCCUUCUGACUGCCUGGAAGAGGUGGCAAACCGCUCACAGGAGGGAAAGCAAGAAAGCCGCAGUGACAAAGCAAAGAGACUCUUCCGGCAUUAUACCGUGGGCUCCUACGACAGCUUUGAUGCCCCAAGCUUGAUGGAUGGGAUUGGCCCAGGGAGCGAUUACAUCAUUAAGGAGAAGACAGUUCUACUUCAGAAGAAAGACAGUGAGGGCUUUGGGUUCGUGCUCCGGGGGGCCAAGGCGCAGACCCCCAUCGAGGAGUUCACCCCCACCCCGGCCUUCCCGGCGCUGCAGUACCUGGAGUCGGUGGAUGAGGGUGGUGUGGCAUGGCGGGCUGGACUGCGAAUGGGUGACUUCCUCAUCGAGGUGAACGGGCAGAAUGUGGUGAAGGUCGGCCAUCGCCAGGUUGUAAGCAUGAUUCGCCAAGGAGGCAACACGUUGAUGGUCAAGGUGGUGAUGGUUACCAGGCACCCGGACAUGGAUGAAGCCGUCCAUAAGAAAGCACCCCAGCAGGCCAAGCGACUCCCGCCCCCAACCAUCUCUCUGCGUUCGAAAUCUAUGACCUCAGAGUUGGAAGAAAUGGUCUCCCCCUGGAAGAAGAAGAGUGAAUACGAGCAGCAGCCUGCGCCGGUGCCCAGCAUGGAGAAAAAGCGAACCGUGUAUCAGAUGGCUCUCAACAAACUCGAUGAAAUUUUGGCUGCAGCUCAACAGACCAUCAGUGCAAGCGAGAGUCCAGGGCCUGGUGGACUCGCGUCUCUAGGCAAGCACCGACCUAAAGGUUUCUUCGCCACCGAGUCGAGCUUUGAUCCCCACCACCGUUCUCAACCAAGCUAUGAACGUCCAUCUUUCCUGCCUCCAGGACCAGGGCUCAUGCUUCGUCAAAAAUCUAUUGGGGCUACAGAGGAUGAUAGACCCUACCUAGCACCUCCAGCCAUGAAGUUCAGCCGCAGCCUGUCUGUGCCCGGUUCAGAGGACAUCCCCCCACCACCCACCACGUCCCCACCAGAGCCCCCCUAUAGCACACCUCCGGCCCCCUCCUCCUCAGGCCGCCUCACCCCUUCCCCCCGGGGAGCCCCCUUCAACCCCGGCUCAGGUGGGCCCCUCCCUGCCUCCUCUCCAGCAUCCUUCGAUGGACCCUCCCCUCCCGAAACCCGAGUGGGGGGCCGUGAGAAGAGCCUGUACCACAGUGGCCCCCUGCCCCCUGCCCACCACCAUCCACCCCACCACCAUCACCACCACGCCCCGCCCCCCCAGCCCCACCACCACCACGCCCACCCCCCUCACCCCCCGGAGAUGGAGACCGGAGGCUCUCCGGACGAUCCCCCACCCCGACUGGCUCUGGGUCCCCAACCCAGCCUGCGAGGCUGGCGGGGCGGUGGGCCUAGCCCGACCCCGGGGGUCCCCUCCCCAUCGCACCAUGGCGGCGGGGGCGGUGUCAGUGGCUCAUCCCAGGCCCCGGCCUUGCGCUACUUCCAGCUGCCCCCAAGGGCGGCCAGCGCGGCCAUGUACGUGCCAGCCCGCUCGGGCCGAGGCCGCAAGGGCCCGCUGGUCAAGCAGACCAAAGUGGAAGGCGAACCCCAAAAAGGUGGCCUCCCGCCCGCGCCCUCGCCCACGUCCCCGGCCUCCCCGCAGCCGCCGCCCGCCGCGGCCGCGCCCUCGGAAAAGAACUCCAUCUCCAUCCCCACCAUCAUCAUCAAGGCCCCGUCCACCAGUAGCAGUGGCCGCAGCAGCCAGGGCAGCAGCACCGAGGCGGAGCCCCCCACCCAGCCCGAGGGUGCCGGUGCCGGUGCCGGUGGCGGUGCCGGUGGCGGCGGCGGCCCCUCGCCCAGCCCCGCCCCGGCCACGUCACCAGUGCCACCGUCUCCGUCGCCUGUGCCCACCCCCGCGUCGCCCAGCGGCCCCGCCACCCUCGAUUUCACCAGCCAGUUCGGGGCGGCCCUAGUGGGGGCGGCUCGCAGGGAAGGGGGCUGGCAGAAUGAAGCCCGCCGGCGGUCCACUCUGUUCCUCUCCACCGACGCCGGGGAUGAGGAUGGCAGCGACAGCGCGCUGGGCGCAGGUGCGCCCCCUGGUCCCCGGCUGCGCCACUCCAAGUCCAUCGACGAAGGCAUGUUCUCCGCCGAGCCCUACCUCCGACUGGAGUCCGCGGGUCCCGGCGCGGGCUACGCGGGCUACGGAGCAGGCAGCCGAGCCUACGGGGGCAGCAGCGCCUUCACCAGCUUCCUGCCUCCGCGUCCCCUGGUGCACCCGCUGACCGGCAAGGCCCUCGAUCCCGCGUCCCCGCUCGGGCUGGCCUUGGCUGCUCGGGAGCGCGCGCUCAAAGAGUCCUCGGAGGGUGGUGGGGCCCCCCAACCCCCUCCCAGGCCCCCAUCGCCCCGCUAUGAGGCCCCGCCGCCCACCCCGCACCACCACUCGCCCCACGCGCACCACGAGCCAGUGCUGCGCCUCUGGGGGGCCUCGCCCCCGGAUCCCGCCCGCCGGGAACUGGGUUACAGGGCAGGGCUGGGCAGCCAGGAGAAGUCCCUCCCGGCCAGUCCACCUGCUGCCCGCCGAUCCCUGCUGCACCGCCUGCCCCCCGCGGCUCCCGGGGUCGGGCCCCUCCUGUUGCAGCUGGGACCCGAGCCCCCAACCCCGCACCCCGUCGUGAGCAAGGCCUGGCGCUCCGGAGCCCCUGAGGAGCCCGAGAGGCUGCCCUUGCACGUGCGCUUCCUGGAGAACUGCCAACCCCGUGUCCCCGCGGCCGGGGGAAGGGGAUCCUCCACCGAGGACGGGCCGAGUGUCCCGCCACCCAGCCCGCGCCGCGCCGUGCCCGCCUCCCCAACCUCCCCGCGGAGCAGCGAGGAAAACGGGCUCCCCCUGCUGGUCCUGCCGCCGCCCGCCCCCUCGGUGGACGUGGACGACGGCGAGUUCCUCUUUGUGGAGCCGCUGCCCCCUCCCUUGGAGUUCUCCAACAGCUUCGAAAAGCCAGAGUCCCCCCUCACGCCCGGGCCCCCCCAUCCGCUGCCUGACCCACCCGCCCCGACCACCCCUUUGCCCCCUGUGCCACCCCCUGCUGUGGCCCCCGCCCCUCCCACCCUGGACUCCACCGCGUCCAGCCUGACAUCUUAUGAUAGCGAGGUGGCCACGCUCACGCAGGGAGCCCCCACAGCUCCUGGGGAGCCCCCUCCGCCAGGCCCUCCGGCCCCAGCAGCACCGGCUGCCCCUGCCCCGCAGCCCGGCCCAGACCCUCCCCCCGGAACGGAUUCUGGCAUUGAGGAAGUGGACAGUAGGAGCAGCAGUGACCACCCACUGGAGACCAUCAGUAGCGCGUCCACGCUCAGCAGCCUCUCCGCUGAGGGCGGGGGCAGCGCAGGGGGCGGGGCCGGGGCUGGCGUGGCCAGUGGGCCCGAGCUUCUGGACACCUACGUGGCCUACCUGGAUGGCCAGGCCUUCGGGGGGACCGGGACCCCUGUCCCACCGUAUCCCCCACAGCUUAUGACUCCCUCUAAGCUCAGGGGCCGGGCCCUGGGGGCCAGUGGAGGCCUUCGUCCUGGCCCCAGUGGGGGACUUCGAGACCCUGUCACCCCCACCAGCCCCACUGUCUCCGUGUCUGGAGCUGGGACCGAUGGGCUGCUGGCCCUGAGUGCCUGCUCAGGACCCUCCACUGCAGGUGUGGCUGGGGGUCCGGUGGCAGUUGAGUCAGAAAUCCCACCGGUGCCCUUGCCAGCAGCGUCCUCCCUGCCUCGGAAGCUGUUGCCCUGGGAGGAGGGUCCCGGCCCCCCACCGCCACCCCUGCCUGGUCCCCUGGCCCAGCCUCAGGCCUCAGCCUUGGCCACAGUAAAAGCCAGCAUCAUUAGCGAACUCAGUUCCAAACUCCAGCAAUUUGGAGGCGCCGCGGCAGCUGGAGGGGCUCUGCCUUGGGCCCGGGGAGGCAGCAGCGGGGACAGCCACCACGGGGGAGCCAGCUAUGUCCCGGAAAGGACCUCCUCCUUACAGCGGCAGAGGCUCUCCGACGAGUCCCAAUCCUCCUCGCUCCUCACCAAACCUGUCAGCAGCCUGUUUCAGAACUGGCCUAAACCACCUCUGCCCCCACUCCCCACGGGAACUGGGGUCCCCCCUUCAGCUGCUGCGGCCCCAGGAGCCACCUCUCCUUCAGCCUCCUCCUCCACAUCCACCCGCCACCUCCAGGGCGUGGAGUUUGAGAUGCGACCGCCUCUGCUCCGCCGGGCCCCCAGCCCCUCGCUGCUGCCUGCCUCGGACCACAAGGUCAGCCCUGCGCCCAGGCCCUCAUCCCUGCCCAUCCUGCCUUCUGGACCCCUCUACCCGGGCCUCUUUGACAUCCGAAGCUCCCCCACCGGAGGGGCAGGCGGCUCGACUGACCCCUUCGCUCCUGUCUUCGUGCCACCACACCCGGGGAUGUCCGGGGGGCUCGGAGGAGCCUUGGCGGGGGCCUCUCGCUCCCUCUCACCGACUCGCCUGCUUUCGCUGCCCCCGGACAAGCCCUUUGGCGCUAAACCUCUGGGGUUCUGGACCAAGUUCGAUGUGGCGGAUUGGCUGGAGUGGCUGGGCUUGGCUGAGCACCGAGCCCGGUUCCUGGACCACGAGAUCGACGGCUCCCAUCUUCCCGCCUUGACCAAGGAGGACUAUGUCGAUUUGGGCGUGACCAGGGUGGGCCACCGUAUGAACAUCGACCGGGCUCUCAAAUUUUUCCUGGAGAGGUGA